CGACUGCCAAUCGAGGCUAAGGCAAGCUGUCGGCGCAAACAAUCGACCGCUGAUUGGACAGGGCCCUCGUCGAAAUAUUGGACGUUUAUGUUAAGGCGAUUUGCAACUUCAGAAUGCGCAAAAACAACCAAACUCUUUAACACUGUUUUAGAAAAAAAUCAAGGCUUCUAAUUUGGACAAGACAUUAAGAAAAGCAGAAACUAUUUCAACAUGAUGAUUGCGACCGGGAAUUGCUGCAGUUUUGCCAUUCCCUUCAUCCUGUGGACUGUGACAUCGUUCCUGUGUCACAAAUUGGGCAAAGAGUUCUUACUAUCAGCGGAAACUACGGUCAUCGCGACAGGGACGCCGGCAGUGGUCAAAUGUGUGAUGGCCCUGACACUGACCUUGACGCAGUGCCUGGUGUGUCUGAUGACAGUGACACCUUUCAACCAUCAGUCCCGAGUCACCACAGCAAUCAUCAUUUCGUCGCACAUACUAGCAACAUUCGCCACCAACCUCAGUAUGGCGUUCAUCCAGGCGGCUUCCACUUUUGCCAUCAAGCUGACUGAACCUGUGACUAUGGCAGUGGCCCAUCGUUUAGUCUUCAAAACGCCUAUUUCUAUUGAAACUUGGCUGAGUCUUCCAAUGAUCAUUUGUGGAUCUUUUAUCUUUUCCGGCAGUGCUUUGACUGAAACUACGAGCGUACUUGGCCUGUCACUAGCUGGGCUGUCCAAUGUGAUCCUAGCAGCGCGCAACGUGUCUAUGAAAAAGCUCCAAAGCGUACCGAAGGAGGCCAACACAACACCCAGUGAGAUAAACACGCACACGAGCGAACCACAGAAGAAAAGUGGCGCAGUCCUUUUGAGAGAUCCAAAAACUGUUGCCAUUCGGGUAGCUGAGCUAGCAGCAAUCGUUAUUGGUGCUUUCUAUUUACAGAGCCAACAUAUACUUCCAGUGCCAAUACCAUACAUGGUCAGUCUAGCCAUCGGAUCUGCCAUAUUCCACGUCAGCUACUCUUACAUCUCCACAAACGUAGUACUCAAGACUAUGUCCGUGGUGAGUCACUCUGUGGCAAACAUCUUCAAACGUAUUCUUGUCGUGCUCCUGCUGUACAUGGGCGGUCAGCGAUCAGCCAGCCCCUGGCACUUCUCUGGUCUACUUCUGGCCGUCCUCGGUCUGGGUGUCUAUAUGAUGAAGAAGAUACAACAGCUCAUGGACAAUGGAAGACCACAAACGUUUUUCACCAGUAGCAAACCUGCUUGGAUGCUGAGGAGCUUGCUUCUGAUCUUCAUCGGGUUUGGACUGUCUAUGAAUCUUGGAACUGUGAAAUUGGCAAGCCAGGGCAGGAAGGGAAUAGCAUAUUCUUUUAGAGACCCAUUCGACCAAAGAAGUGAACAAGCGAGUAAUUUUACCCCUCAAUAUUCCAGCAACCUCGCCUGGUAUUCAAGUGCGGCCUAUCAAAGCAUUAUAAAGUCUUCCACCAUGGAUUCCAAAGACGUUGAAGAUUUUUUGUCUCUGAGACUUCUGGAUCAUCCCCUGGAGACGGACGUCCUUUCUAAAACGUUGAAAAGUAACGAGGCUUUGAUACUGGAAGCUCAGCGAAUUCUCCUCAAUAUGCUCAGAGAUUUGCUCGGCAAAGCUCGUCACGUGAUGUUGUUUGAAAUAGCGACGUACAGCAACAAGGGAGACCCUGCCAUAUCUGUCGGAGAAGCCAUGUUACUGAGGAAACUCAACGUCACAGUGGUGUAUUAUUGCGAGACAAAGCACUGUACAGCAGAGAGCGUUGAGCGUGCGAGAAAGAUCAGCGAGUCGUAUGAACAGGAUGAAUUAGUAAUUUUAAUGCAGGGAGGUGGCAAUUUGGUAGGGUAUCAUAAUGUCGAUUUAGUCCGUGAACGCGUUCUGAAUGCUUUCCCCACUAGAACUAAAGUGCUAUUUUCCCAGAGCAUCUGGCUAAACAAGUUUAAUAAUGAGAGCCUACUACACUGCCAGAAAAUUUACUCAAACCGACCGAAUUUCGUGAUGUUCCUAAGAGACCGCCAGUCCUUGGGUAUAGCUCAAGAAAACUUUAAGGGCAUCAAGCACGUGUUAGCACCGGAUAUGGCUUUUGGUAUAGGAAUGCUUCCUCGUCAAUUGCCUCCAGCUUUUGAUGUGAUCUGGCUAAAGAGGGGUGACAAAGAAUCCCCGGGCUAUACAACUGACGAUUUACCCAAAAAUAUUUCAUUCACGUACCACGUGAGUGAUUACCUGAGAUGGCAAUCAAACAAAGGAGCCACGGACAUGGAGACGUCUUUCUUGAUCGCCACUGCCGGGUUGCAGUUUCUACAGCGGGGACGGGUUCUUAUCACAGAUCGUCUCCACGGACACAUUCUGAGCACCCUCCUCAACAUUCCUCAUGUUUUGUUGGACAACCCGCCUUUUCUUAAACUCUCGUCCUUCCACAAAACCUGGACGGCAAGUCAAAGCAAUGUGGUCUUGGUGACGGAUAAACACCAGGCUGUUAGAGAGGCUCAGAAACUUCUGGAGCGAUACGAUUCAGUGUUGCCUAAAGUAGGCCCUUUCAUGAGUAAAAAAAUCUGGGAACACUAAGUCGAGCUAACUUCACGCAGAAUAGAUUCAGUAAGGGUAAUGAUGGAUUGAAGCAGAAGUACGUGUAUAUGCAUGCCAGUAAGAAAUGUAGUUUAUAAAAAGGAAACAGAAAAAGCAA